ACCGACCAAGCUCGAGCUCACCAGCGCGCGGUGCACAAAAGGCCCCGGAUGAUCGGUUGAGGUUAAAAAUGACAAGGAAUUUGUCUACGUGAAUCUCGAACACAACACGCCAGUUUUGCUGUCUCUGUCCAGAUACAUAAGAAGAGGAGCAAGGGAUUCACUCGAUCAUCCUUCCUGCUCAGACUGUGGGGAGGGAUUGUCAUCUGACCGACUGGCAUGCCCAUCAUUUUACACAGGGGAGAGGCCAUUCAUCUGCUCAGACAGUGGGAAUGGAUUCACUCUGUCAUUUCAACUGAAGGUGCAUCAGCAAAUUCACCUGUUCUGUGUGUGAGAAGGGACUCAGUCAGUCUCCCCACCUGUGGACACAUGAGUCAGUUCAUACUGAGCAGAGGCUGGUCAUCUGCUGAACUUGUGGUAAAGGAUUCACUCGGUCAUCUGGCCUAAUGGCUCACCAACAAGUUCACACCGGGGAGUGGCCGUUCACCUGCUCGGACUGUGGGAAGGGAUUCAGUCGGUCAUUUCAACUGAAAAUAUAUCAGCAAGUUCACACCGGACAAGGCCAUUCAUUUGUUCUGUGGGUGAGAAGGCAUUCAGUUGGUCAUCCCACCUGUGGACAGACCAGUCAGUUCACCCUGGGCAGAAACUUGGUCAUCUGCUGAAUUUGUGGGGAAGGAUUCACUCGGUCAUCUGGCCUAAUGGCUCUCCAGCGAGUUCACACUGGGGAGAGGCUGUUCACCUGCUCAGACUGUGGGAAGGGAUUCACUUGCUCAUCCCAACUGAAGGUGCACCAGCGAGUUCACACUGGGGAGCAGCCAUUCACCUGCUCAGACUGUGGGAAGGGAUUCACUGAAUCAUAUAAACUACUGAUACACCGGUCAGUUCACAGUGGCGAGAGGGCAUUCAUGUGCUCAGACUGCGGGAAGGGAUUCACUUGCUCAUCCCAACUGAAGGUGCAUCAGCGAGUUCACACUGGGGAGAGGCCAUUCACCUGCUCAGACUGUGGGAAGGGAUUCACUUCGUCCUCUGUUCUACAGAGACACCAGCGAAUUCACACUGGGGAGAGGCCGUUCGCCUGCUCAGUGUGUGGGAAGGGAUUCACUCGAUCAUCCCACCUACAAGCACACUGGUCUGUUCACACCGGGGAGAGGCCGUUCGCCUGCUCAGUGUGUAGGAAGGGAUUCACUUGCUCAUCCCACCUGAAGGUCCAUCAGCGAGUUCACACUGGUGAGAGGCCAUUCAUCUGCUCGGAUUGUGGGAAGGGAUUCACUCGAUCAUACCAGCUGAAGGUACAUCAGAGAGUUCACACUGGGGAGAGGCCGUUCACCUGCUCCGACUGUGGGAAGGGAUUCACUCGAUCAUCUCAACUGAAGGUACAUCAGCAAGUUCACACUGGGGAGUGGACGUUCACCUGCUUAACCUGCGGAAAGGGAUUCACUCAGUCAUCUGAACUGUUGGUACACCAGCAAGUUCACACUGGAGACAGGCCGUUCACUUGCUCAGUGUGUGGGAAGGGAUUCACUCGGUCAUCCAACCUACUGACACAUCAGUCAGUUCACACCGGGGAGAGGCCAUUCACCUGCUCAAACUGUGGGAAGGGAUUCACUUGCUCAUCCCACCUGAAGGUACAUCAGCGAGUUCACACUGGGGAGAGGCCGUUCACCUGCUCGGACUGUGGGAAGGGAUUCACUUGCUCAUCCCAAUUGAAGGUACAUCAGCGAGUUCACACUGGGGAGAGGCCGUUCAUCUGCUCAAACUGUGGGAAGGGAUUCAUUCAGUCAUCUGAACUGAAGGUACAUCAGCGAGUUCACACUGGAGAAGGGCUGUUCACCUGCUCAGACUGUGGGAAAGGAUUCACUUGCUCAUACCAACUGAAGGUACAUCAGCGAUUUCACACUGGGGAGAGGCCGUUCAUCUGCUCAGACUGUGGGAAGGGAUUCACUCAAUCAUCUGAACUGAAGGUACACCAGCGAGUUCAUACUGGAGAGAGGCCGUUCACCUGCUCAGACUGUGGGAAGGGAUUCACUUGCUCAUCUGCACUGAAGGUACAUCAGCGAUUUCACACUGGGGAGAGGCCGUUCACCUGCUCGGACUGUGGGAAGGGAUUCACUCAGUCAUCCGCCCUAAUGGCACACCAGCGAGUUCACAGUGGGGAGCGGCCAUUCACCUGCUCAGUCUGUGGGAAGGGAUUCACUCAGUUAUCUCAACUGAAGGUGCACCAGGGAGGUCACACUGGAGAGAGGCCAUUCACCUGUUCAGACUGAGGAAAGGGAUUUACUUCAUCAUCUCAACUACUGAGUCACCAGCGAGUUCACACUGGAGAGAGGCCGUUCACCUGCUCAGACUGUGGGAAGGGAUUCACUCGGUUGUCUCAUCUACAGAGACACCAGCGUGUUCACACUGGGUAGAGGCCGAUCUCCUGCUCGGACUUUGGGAAGAGAUUCUCUCAGCCAUCACCACCAUAUGUCCAUCAUUGAGUUCACAUUGGGUAGAGGCCAUUCACCUGCUGUGAAUGUGGGAAGCGAUUUGCUCAGUCAUCUAACCUGAUGUAACUCUCGCUUCAGCUGGAAGCUUAACAUCGGGGGUGAUAGCCCCCCAGCCCGGCCAAACUUAAGAAAUCUCAUUUGGGUGGAUGCUGCGUGAUGUGACCCCCAUUACAAAUCAGUACCCUGAAAUAACAAACGGUACACAAUUGCGAUUAAACGAUUGGGCUUUGUAGUUCUUAUUUUGACUAUAGGGUUAGAAAAGAAAAAAUAAAGGAAAAUGGCCCACUCCAUUCAUGUCUUCUCAUCUCUCCCCGGCAAAAGACCAAAUCUCUCUUCCAAACUCACAAGAAAGAACAUUUCUCUCAUUGGAUAGCCCUGCACUUCAAAACCCUGUUAUCUCUAGUCGUCACCUAAACAUUGCUGCUGCAGAGAAACCGUUACCUCAGUAGUGAUACAUUACAGAGAGACCAUUACAUUAACACUGAAACCUCACAGCGUGUUACAGUUGUGACACACUACCGGGUUCAAAAUAGACAAUAGGUGCAGGAGUAGGCCAUUUGGCCCUUCGAGCCAGCACUGCCAGCACUAUGAUCAUGGCUGAUCAUCCACAAUCAGUACCCCG